UGGCAUAUGUAACAUGUUCGGGACUCGGGAGGUCUGCCUCAAGGUGUUUUACGGGUCGCAUUCCUCGUUCCCUCCGUUGCUUCACCCCGUCCUCCCAAAUCUGCCACCGCGGACAAGAAAUUUGUCAUCGCCCCCAUUAGAUCCGUGACCCUUUGCUGCACGAUGUACCCUGUGAACAGCUUGAUCGGGGUAGGGCGAGGUCGGGGAGGACGCUCGGACUGGCCCCGCGACCGGGGAGCCUCCGACGGGCGACGAGGAGCGCCGCCAUCGCGUCCGGACGGAGGGUGCGCGGAAGCAGCCCGUGCCCGCUCCAGCGGGGCCGGUCUCCGGGAGGCCAGCGAGCGGGCCGCGCAUCGGAGCGGGAGCUCCCUGCCCGCCAAGCGUCGCCAGAGCCGCAGAGCUCUCGUGCCGCCGCGCGAAGGACAUUGGCGGCACCAGAGAGCUUCCGGACCGCCGACCACGCGCCUCAUACGACACCGAUUUCGACUCCGACGAGGAGGAGCAGGCGAGCAGCUGCUUGAGGGGUCGUUCGAUUCAUCUCGAGGAAGUCUCGGUGGCGCAGGAUGUAUCCUGCGGGGCUCCGUUUCGCAGGAAUCGACCGGCGGCGGUGCUGCGUGCGAGCUUAGGGGAGUGCGCGCGGUGAGGUGCGGACAUUCCCGGUGGCAGUUGCAGCGGGCGAGAGGACCCCGGGAGGUGCGGCCCAAGAGAAAAGGAAAAGAAAAGGGUGAAGGUGGGCUGUGCACCAGAGAAAAAGAGAGAGGCGGGCCAGGAUGGCAGGAGAAGAGAGGCUGGGCUUCGGCCCAGGAUGUGAAUGUGGAUGCACACAGAACACUCAAAUCGCGGAGUCGAAGAGCCGUGUGCCCCUGUGGCUGACAGCUGGCCAGACCGCCCUAUAUAUCCGCCCACGUCUCCGUUCGUGCUUACGGAUCGUUCCAUCAUCCUCUCUCGUUCUUCUCAUUUUCAACAACAAAGGCAACCCUCCCUCUCCCCCACACCAAAACCCGUGGACGCCAUGGCUCCGCCUCGCUCACAGUCCUCAUUCACCGUCGGUGGGCCGAUGCUUAACAUGGUAUUCCAGGCAGCGUUCGACGGCGAUCUCCCCGUCUUGAAGCGGCUGGUGACGAAGCUCGACAUGGGCAAGGGCAACCCCAAGGAGGCGGUCGAGACGCUGAGGGUGAAAGAUGCCGGGAUGCUGGAAGGUGUCGGGGUACUGCAUAUCGCGGCUUGCAGAGGGAGGCUGGAGGUGUGCCGCUACUUGAUCGAGGAACUGCGGGUUGAUGUGAAUGGCGUCGACAAGGAAGGUAGAACACCUCUGAAGUUUGCAAUACGUUGUAAUAGUGUGGUCAAAUAUCUUCUUGAUCAUGGUGCGGAUCCAGACAGAGCCAGCCAUGAUGGGAUUUCCCCUCUACAUGAUGCCGCUCGAUCAGGAGAUUGUUUAACUGUUGAACUAUUGCUUGCGAAAGGAGCUUAUGUUGACCCUGUAGCUUUUUGUGGGACACCACUUCAUUGCACUGCUACUGGAGAUCAUGAUAGCACUAUGAAGAUUUUAUUGGACCACCAUGCAGAUGAGCUGAUAUCUUCAUGUUCUCACCGGUACAACAAGAUGGUAGAUGGUAAGACACCUCUCAUUGCAGCUGUAGACGCUGACUCAAGGAAAUGCAUGCUUCUCCUGAUUAGGGUUGGUGCCGAGUCCAGGGGAGCUUUAACCUAUGCUGUGAAAAAUCUCCAUUCUGCAAAAAUGGUUUCCAGUGACUUCUUGGAUUGCAUAUUGGAGGACGUUGGAGCUGACUGUGUUAUUUCUCAUGAUGAGCCUGUGGCUAAGCGGAAAAUUAGAGCUGCAGGGUUUAAGAGACUUGGGAAUGAUGCUUUCAAGAACAAGGAUUAUUCUUCUGCAGAAGGAUCCUACAGUGUGGUAUCAGAGAGGGAGAACAGACUAAACCUCUUUGUCUGAAAGCUUGGGAAGACAUCUGCAAGCCCAAGAAGCUUGGUGGGCUGGGUAUUAGUGUCACACCAGUGGCACCCGGGGUGCCACCGUUGCACGACGCGUGGGUCGCAUCGCUUGGUUCCCAGGAGGAUCUCACCCCGGGCGGCAACGUGCAGGCUGCCCGGCAAGCUACCAGCCCGGCAGGGCUAGCGGGGCGUUAGGGAAUAAUCUCGCCUGGGCACCUCCCAAGAAGGCACUUGCCAGGAGGAGGCGUUCCCGGGCACAGGUUUCUGCCGCGAGGACGGGACCGAGCGAACAGAGCAGCAGCGCCACGUGGGCGCGUGGCAGGCGCCCGGUAUGCAGGGUCGCCAGGACAAGGAGUGGGGUGCACGAAGCAUUUAAUGAACCGACAGGAGGAAGUUUAUCCGUCUAGUGAGGCAAACGGUGACUGCCCAGGGCUAGUUUUUAGGCCUUAGACCCCUAGUCGCGGGGUUGGCGCUCUUGCACGCAUGCCAGCGCACCGAGGAGCUGCCCAAUCUCCCUGCUCGCCACUUGUAAUCCAUGCACCGUGGCACAUGUGGUAUCCCCUUAGCUAUAAAAGGAGGACCUCCGCCAGCGAUCAAAAUGUUUAGUCUUUUGGUUGGUUCGGUUUUUCGCGCGUCUAACUGUUAGUCACUAGCAUUAGCUCAGGAUAGUAAGGAGCACUUAGCCAAAAAGAGAGCACCCGGGGACCCUUCCCCGGCAACUUGUAAACUCUCAAUCUUACGAUAAUACGAGCUCAGACAAGCAGGACGUAGGGUUUUACACCGCAAGGUGGCCCGAACCUGGGUAAAAACGUUCUCGUGUCCGUUACACCCUUACGCUUCGCAUUGGCCUCGUCGGCGAUCACCGGAGCGAUCCCCGUCGCCCACUGCCGAACCUAAGAGGGGGUGCCCGCGCAUCCUCGGUGUCGGAGCCCCGUGCAACGACAAUUAGAAACAUUCAAGCCAUGAAUAGAAGCCUUCUAGUUUCUUCUCCUUGGAGAAUUGCUAGUGAACCCAAUAGCCACUUGUCUCUGAUCCUUAAGCCUAGUUUUGAAAACCAGACCAGACCGGCGGUCCGACUGGAAAAAACCAGAACCGAAGCCUCAUGCGGUCGGUUAAGCGCACUGGACCGGACGGGACACCGGACCGGGAAAAACCAUGUGAACCGGUGGUUUUGCCGAAAACCAAUGAACCGGACGGUUUUGCCCGAACCGCCCGGUUCAGUUGCCGGCAACCCUCCUCGCCGCACUCCGCCGGGCCGCCGCAUGAUUCCGCGGCGGCCCGCCACCGGCGCCGUUUCCUUCAAGCCUUGCCCGCUUCCUCUCCGCGCUCCGCCGUGCUCCACUUGAUUCCGCGGCCGCCCGCCGCCGGCGCCGCUCCCUUUCCCGCGUCACCCGCCUCCUGGCCACGCUCUGCGGUGCCUCCGCGGCUGUCCGCAGCCGGCGCUGCUCCCUUCCGUCCUCGGAGCCUGGGAAAAGAACGGUCCCGUCUGGCUGACUAGCUCCGUCUGGUACGAGCGCUAGAGGCACGACGAUGGAGUUGAAGAAUCGGGAGAUCGAGACGACGCGCUGCUGGGAGCCUGGGAAAGAACGAGCCCGUCUCAUAGCCCUA